GGGAGCGCGGGGCCCGUCGCUCCGGGCCCGUCGCUCCGGGCCGCGCUGCCUCCCGCCGCGGGGGCCGCCCCGGGGCUCCUGCCGCCGCUUCCUCCCUUCUCUUCGCGCCCGCUGCUGUCCUGACAGCCGGCCGCGUGGCACUCGGCUUGUGCCCGGUUUAACGGCGACGCUCGGAGGCUAUCGCUGGGCGCGCUGCGCGUCCCGGGGGCCAUGGAGGAGCCGCGGCGGUGCCGCGUGCGGCGGUACCGAUUCACCGAGGGGCCAGCGACGCUGGUGCUGCGCAUCCCCGAGGUGCUGGACCCGCAGUACGGCAUGUUCGCGUGGCCCUGCGCCGUGGUGCUGGCCCAGUUCCUCUGGGCACGUCGGAGCAGCCUCCCCGGCAAGCGUGUGCUGGAGGUACCGACCCCCCCCCGCCGAUACCCCCCGUCCCCCCCCGCUGCCGGGGGUGUCCUCCCCCUCACCGCGCUGCGGUUGCAGCUGGGUGCCGGGGUGGGCCUCCCCGGGGUGCUGGCCGCUAAGUGCGGGGCCGAGGUGACGCUGUCGGACAGCGAGGAGCUGCCCCGCUGCCUGCAGAACUGCCGCCGGAGCUGCGGGGCCAACGGGCUGCCCGGCCUGCCCGUCCUGGGGCUCACCUGGGGCCGGCUCGGCCCGGCCCUGCUUGCUCUGCCCGCCGUCGACAUCAUCUUGGGAUCGGAUGUCUUCUUUGACCCAAAAGACUUUGAAGAUAUUUUAACCACAGUUUACUUCUUGCUGGAAAAGAAUCCACAUGCUCAGUUCUGGACUACUUAUCAAGUACGAAGUGCUGACUGGUCUAUUGAAGCUUUGCUCUGCAAAUGGAAACUAAAGAGCAGCCACAUUCCCUUACACUCCUUUGGAGCAGACAAGGAGCACUUGGCCAGCUCUCCUCUACCAGGGAGACACACCAUUGAAAUGAUGAUCAUCUCACUAGCAGAACCAGAUGGUACUUAAGUUUAUUCCACUUGUUCUUGCCAAUUCAAGAUGACACUGAACUGUUCACUGGUGUAGGGAUCUGCAGAAAACAGUCCUGUUUACAGCAAACCCCACGUGUAGUUGUUGGGAAGCCAGAUUCCCCUCACAGCAAUUCUUGAAACAUACACUGUAAAAAUAAAGCUAUGUUGUUCAGCUA